AUGGCAGCACGAACCCCAACGAACACCAGAAUAGGGCCGAAGCAGCCCGCACCUGACUGGUGGUCAACGAAGGAGAGGACGCGGCAGUGGUGGGGAUCCCAUGACGACGACCUCGUGGACCUGCUGUGCUCGGCGGAGGUCGAGGAGGACCAGAUGCGACGACGGUGUGGGCUUAUCGACCUUGAGCAGAUCGAGGAGGACGGGCGGCUGGAUCGGAUGGACACGAGGGAGCCCGAGAUGACCUCGUGGCCGAGGCCGGGGCAGUUCGUAGAGGGGACGGGGUCACGACGGCUGGACAGAGGAGGAAGGAAGGAGAUAUUUUUCUGGGGCAGGAAGAGCAAUGCUGGAUAG